GUUGAUGCUCUUAAAUAUUCAUCACUCUCAGUAUUGAAAAGGUUUAUCCUAAAUGAUGAAAAUUUGGAAAUUAAAAUCAUUGGCAGAGGUUUACCUCCUGGAGGAGGGGGAGAAGUUUUGUUUCGUUGUCCUGUGGUCAACUACGUUCGUCCCCUUAAAUGCCUUGAUGCUGGAAAGAUUAGAAGAAUAAGAGGAUAUGCAUAUUCUGUGCGUGUAUCUCCUGCUAUGGCCAGUCGCAUGGUUGAUGCAUCAAAAGGACUUUUACUAAAAUUUUUGCCUGAUGUGUAUAUUUAUACAGAUCACUUUAAAGGAAAAAAUUCUGGAAAAUCUCCUGGCUAUGGUUUAACAUUAGUUGCUGAAACUACAACUGGUGUAUUUUAUUGUGCUGAAGCUAUUUCUAACCCAACUGGUUCUGGAGAUUUCAUUGUUCCAGAAGAUGUUGCCAAACAAGCUUGUUAUAACCUUUUCGAGGAAAUAUAUAGAGGUGGAUGUAUAGAUUCAGAUAAUCAAAGCCUAGUAUGUCUACUUAUAGCACUUGGUACUACUGAUGUUUCCAAAAUUAAAAUUGGACCACUGUCUCCUUAUACGAUACAGUUUUUACGUCAUAUGAAUGAUUUUUUACAAGUAAAAAUGAAACUUGAAACAGAAAAAAAUGAAGAUCUGCAGCUGGGUACACAUAAAGUUUCCAUAACAUGUGUUGGGAUAGGAUUUACUAAUAUAAGUAGAGGUGUGCAAUGAAUGUUCCAAUAUGAUUGGCUUUGUAUAUAGUUGCAAUAAAUUUUAUUUUUUACUUUGAUAAA